AUGAGCAAGUGCAACGACUCGAAAUCGCUCGAAAAAACGUUCCCGGACCCUGCAGAUGAAAAGCUGGACGUGGAAGUAGGAGAGGUCAACGAUAUCACCCUGGAUGCCGCUACAGACAAACGACUGCUGCGCAAGAUUGACAUGUAUCUGUGCCCAGUCAUGAUGCUCGUUUACGCGGUCCAAUUUAUGGACAAGAGCACCAAUGCCACCGCUUCGGUUAUGGGUCUGAGAACAGACCUGCAUAUGGAGGGCAACGACUAUUCAUGGUCGGGAACGGCCUUCUACCUGGGAUAUCUAGUGUUCGAGUUUCCAGCCGUGUACAUGCUCCAACGACUACCUUUCAUCCGAACUCUCUCAGCCUUCAUCGUUCUCUGGGGUGUAGUAUUGUGUCUCCAUGCUACCCCCAACUAUCCGGGAUUCAUUGCUCUGCGAACCCUCCUGGGCAUGUUGGAGUCGGCUGUUACGCCGGCCUUUGUCAUCAUCACGUCUCAAUGGUACAAGCGCGAGGAGCAGUUUCUUCGGACGUCUUUCUGGGUCGGAUCCAACGGCCUCGGGAUCAUUGUUGGCUGUCUGAUGGCUUAUGGACUAGCCAUCAACCACCAUCUUCCAAUCCAUGGCUGGAAGCUCGUUUUCAUCAUCACUGGUGUCAUCACCAUUGCCACGGGGAUUCUGAUUCUGUUCCACUUCCCUGAUGACCCCUCCAAGGCGUGGUUUUUGACCGAAGAAGAAAAGAAGCUAGUGGUCAUCCGGGUGCGAACCAACCAGGGCUCGUUUGCGAACAAACAGUUCAAAAGAAACCAGUUCAUCGAAGCGUUCAAAGACCCCAGAUCCUGGCUCUACUUCUUCUACUCUAUUGCCUCCAACAUUCCCAAUGGCGGAAUCACCAGUUUUGGCAGCAUUCUCUUUUCGGAAACCCUGGGGUUGGGACCCGUCAGAGGCCUGCUUCUCCAGACCCCCCAGGGAGCGGUGGAAAUCGUGGGAUGCGUGCUGUUUGGUCUCUUGGCACAAUACACCCAAUGGCGUCUGUUCUGGUCAAUUGUCGCCCAGCUGAUUGCCACAGUCGCAAUGUGUCUGUUGGCGUUUCUGCCCCACAUCCAAGCCGCCGGCCUAGCCGGCCUCUAUCUGCUCUCCGUCUACCCUGUUGGCCUGGUCUGUAUGCUGUCGUCGGUGGGCUCCAAUACAACCGGACACACGAAAAAAGUGACUGUCAACGCCAUAAUGCUGGUGGGCUAUUGCGUCGGCAACAUCAUUGGUCCCCAGACCUUCCGGGCCGACGAUGCUCCGGAAUACGUGCCUGCCAAGGUCUCCAUGGUGGUGCUGUUUGCGGUUGCCGUGGGUCUAAACACCGUUCUGCUAUUUGUGAAUCUUGCCGAGAACAAGAAACGAGAUAGAGAGGGCCAUAUCAAUCCUUCCCUAGAGGAGCUGGAGGAGAUUCAAAACUCCGACAUGACCGACCAGGAAAACCGGUACUUUAGAUAUGUCAUUUGA